AUGGCUGCCGUCUGCCGCGACGCUGUCUGGCUCCCGCCCCGCCGCAGUCUUACCGCCCGGCGCCCGCUGCUGCGCCUCGCCCUCUGCCUCCUGUGCUGCGGCCCGGCGGCUGUGGGCGCCGUCCCCGAGAUCGGGCUCUGGACCGCGACGAUCAGUGACAAAUCAGGACCUUUGAUAUUUAGGAAAACCAUGUUUAACUCUACUGAGAUCAAGUUUUCUGUGAAGUCAUUCAACUGCCCCGGGCCUGUGAAGUUUUCCAUCGAGUGGCACUUGGAGCGCCAUACCUGUCACAGUGAAUAUUCUGAGCUGGAAGAGCUGUCACAGAAACAUGAACUUCAGGUCACUGAAGACUUUUGUGCUCAUUAUUUCAAGAACAGUGAAUGCUGGACAACAAAAAAUGAAAAUGUAGAGUGCAGCAGUGAUUUACAGGUGUUUCCCCCAUUGAAUAAUAAACAACUAAUAUCAAAUACCGGAAAUGUUUCAAACCAGGAAGAAUCAACAGAUGUUGUAGCCAAAACACAAAGAGAUGGGUUUCACAUCUUUAUUGUUUCUGUUAAAACAGAAAAAACAGAUGCAAGCUGGAGUUUGAACGUUUCUCUUUCUAUGUUGGGACCUUAUGGAUAUAUCUCUGCAUCAGAUUGGCCUCUAAUGAUUUUCUACAUGGUGAUGUGUAUUGUUUAUAUCUUAUAUGGUGUUCUGUGGCUGAUGUGGUCUGCCUGUUACUGGAAAGAUAUAUUAAGAAUCCAGUUCUGGAUUGCAGCUGUUAUUUUCCUGGGAAUGCUUGAAAAAGCAGUUUUUUAUGCUGAAUACCAAAACAUCAACAGCACUGGGCUAUCAACCCAAGGGUUACUGAUAUUUGCGGAGUUGAUAUCUGCGAUUAAGAGGACUCUGGCUCGCCUCCUGGUGAUCAUCGUGAGCUUGGGAUAUGGCAUCGUAAAGCCUCGUCUAGGAACCGUCAUGCACCGGGUCAUUGGAUUGGGGGUUCUUUAUUUUAUCUUUGCGGCUAUUGAAGGCGUGAUGAGAGUCAUUGGGGGUUCUAAUCAUUUAGCUGUUGUCCUUGGUGACAUUAUUUUAGCAGUUAUUGACUCCAUUUUUGUAUGGUUCAUUUUUAUAAGUUUGGCACAAACUAUGAAGACUCUCAGACUAAGAAAGAACACAGUAAAAUUUUCUUUAUACAGGCACUUUACAAAUACCCUGAUCUUUGCCAUACUGGCAUCUGUAGUGUUUAUGGUGUGGACAACUAAGACAUUUAGGUUUGCAAAAUGUCAAUCAGAUUGGAUGGAACGCUGGGUUGAUGAUGCAUUUUGGAGCUUCCUUUUCUCACUUAUUCUUAUUGUCAUAAUGUUUUUGUGGAGACCAUCAGCAAAUAAUCAGAGAUAUGCCUUCAUGCCUUUAAUAGAUGAUUCUGAUGAUGAAAUUGAAGAAUUCAUAGUAACAUCUGAAAAUUUAACUGAAGGAAUAAAAUUAAGAGCCUCAAAAACAGUUUCCAAUGGAACAGCUAAACCUGCUACUUCUGAUAAUUUUGGUGAAGAUUUGAAGUGGGUGGAGGAAAAUAUUCCCUCUUCAUUCACAGAUGUAGCUCUUCCAGUGUUAGUGGAUUCAGAUGAGGAAAUUAUGACCAGAUCUGAAAUGGCAGAAAAAAUGUUCUCUUCUGAAAAAAUAAUGUGAUGGAACCCAUAUAAAUGAAACCUAUGUAAUGAUGAAGGACUUCCUCAAGACUAAAAGAGAACUUUGUUUUGAUAUAGUGCAACAAGUUUUUACUGCAUCAUCUUGGAAAUCUAUGUAUGAAAAUUAAGAAUUCAGAUGGUAGAAGGGUUCUGUAACCCUUUUUAAACUGACCCUUGAGUGCCAGUUUCAUGUCCAUUAAAUUGCCUACUUGGCAAUGAUCUGAGAGAAGUAUUGUAAUAAAGAUAGAGUCCCAACUACCCUUAGCUGAUGGGUGGCAGACAUGUGGAUUUGGGCAUGUGGGUUCUCUCUUUUUUUUUUCCUGAAAAAUAUGACAAUUUAAAAUAACUUACAUUACAUCAACGUUCCUGUUGUUCUGCUGAGCUUCAAAACAGUGAUAUGAUUCUUCUGAGAUGUGGUUAAAGCAGUGUCUCCAUCUAUUGGGUUUAUAAUUAUAAGUUACAAUAAUAAUUCUCUUUGACUUUCAUGCUGAAGUGAUUUGGUAAUAUUGAGUUGGCCAAAAAGUUCAUUUGUUCCAUGAGAGGUUACAGGAAAACCUGAACGAACUCUUUUGCCAACCCAGUAAGUGAAACUCGAUUAAUGUUGGAACAUGAGGAUGUAUAUAUGGGUAGUCUUGCUCUGGGUGUGAUGUGUGUGUGUGCACAGGUCUGUGCAAAGGCCUUGGGUGCAGCUCACACCAUGCACAUCAAAUCGUUGAUCUCUGAGCUCAGGGGAACACAGUUCACGGAGAGAGAGGUCCCUUCUGAAAAUCUGCUCCGCCUGUCCCCUCCCUUAGGCCAGAUGUGAACGUGCUGCUGCUGAAUCUGCAAUGGGACAGGUGGGGUCACCUGGCCACGUGGUUCCACUGGAGCGCUUCCUCCCAAGCAAGCUGGGAGGCUCAUUACCAGUGAGCCUUGAGGAAACUAGAACCUUCUAUAUCAUCCUAGCAUGUUUGGUUUUUGUAAUAAUACAUGUAUUUAACUGUAUAGUAAGUAUAUCACUAUUAAUCUUGUAAUUAAUUUUUUAACCUUAAAUGACAUUUUAUACAUUAUUUUAUUAUAUAUGUAAUGUGUGAUUUGAAAAUUUAGAAAAAAAUUUUUUUUUAAUGCAGAGCAUGCUAAACUUGAAAAGCCAUUGGAAACAGUGUGACAGAAAUGGUAGCUGUUUUGCUGCUUUCCUGACCAAAGAUACAGGACUAGUGGAUAUUUAGAAUAGGAAUUAAAGUUAGACUCUUCUGUUUCUUUCUUUGAAUGAGUUCUAACCUUGUGGAGUUGAGGAUGACUUCAGAGUUUUUGAUAAAGAAGCAUCAAAGUCUUAACUAGUACAAACACUUGAAUUAUAACCUUCCUUUUUUUUUUUCUUUCCCAUAGUGAAGCCACAGAACAAAAUGGUUUGUUUCAAAAGCCUAACUUUUGAAUUGGUUUCUCAUUUACUCAUUUCAUAGGGGUUAGUUUAAAAAAAAAAAGAUUUCUAGUAGUAAUGCCUCUUGAAAGGUACUUUCAGCUGUAUUUUCAGUAGUGAAUGUUGGACCCUGUUGUACUGAGAAAGGUGUGGCUUUCAUCAUGCUUUUGCUUUGGGAUAUCCUUCCCAAGAAAAGAAUGUCUGACAAUGUAGGUUCCCUUCCUUGUCUCCGUUUCUGCCGCAGUAAUGGACUCCACCUGAGGUGCUUCCCAGCGUUUGUGUCCAUUCUGAUCGCGGUGUAUAUUUUGUGCUCAGCCCAGUUGUUUCCGAGCUGGAGGUGACCAUUUCCUCCUUGUUCCUGACAUUUGUAUCUGAUACCACUCCCCAGAUUUUGAAGCAGGUUGAUCCCCAACGCAUACGGCUCCAGUUGGAUUUUGAGAUGCAGAGUCCUGGGCUUCCAGCCGCAGAGGUGGUGGAGUGUGAGUACGGAGUCAGUGGAAGUGUGCAGUGAUAAGGGUGAACACCUCUGACGUAACCUGGAUAGUGCUGAUGAAAACACUUCUCUCUGCAUCUGGCAGGCCAAUAAUGCUGUGCCUGCAUAGCUCAGCUGCGCACCAGAAUGUGGACUUUCCUCAUCAUCUCAGAAAGCAGUAUUUUCUCCUGAUAACCUCAUCAGAAGUGUUUUCCAAAGGAUAUACACUGUGUGUGUCACCCUCAGUGGUCAGUGUGUUGUCUACUGAUGACUCAGCCUGAAUCAGGUAUCAGAGGGCCUUCUUGGCCCCGUCACGUGGCCAGGAGGGGGCGCCCCAGAACUGUAGCCUUAGAUCUUGUGAAGGACCCCCGGGGAGAAGUCACAGUCUGGAACACUGUUACAGCUCAUCACCAUUGCUUCUGCUCAAAGAUUCCAGAAACUGGUGGCCAGGGUCUUUGAGGCUGCCACACCAAUUUAUUCUUAGGAUGCCAUCAGGGUGGGUCUCCCUAUGAUUGCAGGGAUCUGAGGGUGAGAGUCCAAUUCUUUGUGUUUCUAGGCAAAAUGCCUAAGUGUUCUUACUGUGCCAUUUGUGUUAGAUUUCUGUUAUGUAUGAAGUUGGCUUAAAAGGGAAUUUUCAUGUUUUAAGUUAGAGGAAUAUUAGUAUCUGCUUUCAAGGAAAGUUCAUUUCAAAAAUAAGGAAAAAUAGAUGAAUGUGUGAAUUUUUUGAGCCCAAGAGAUAAGAUGUUCCUACACUUUUCCUGUGAAGAAAAUAUUUAAAAUCGUUCACAUAUCCUAUAGAGAGUACUAGACUUCCCCACUCUAACACAGUAUAUUUGCACUACUAUAAUGUGAAGACUGAAGAUAUAAAAGAUGUACAUGUGAUUGAUUUUUAUAUCUUUUUUUAAAAAGGGGUUUGAGUCUGCUGCACUAGACUAUACAUAACUGGUUUAUGAGACAUGUUAUACUAGCUUUAUAAGCCCCUAGUGUUGGAACUUGUGUCUUGGUAUGAUCAACAACGGGUGAUAAGCAAUGUAAAACACCACGCCUUAUAAGAAAGAAGUUUAAUGUAUUGGUCAGAGUACUAAAGAAUGUAUUUAAGUGACAAAAGGAGAUUUAAAGACAUGUAUAUUAUAACAUAGGAGCUCAAGAAGAAACUUCUUUAGAACUAGGAAAGCAUGUAUUUGGGAAGAAAAUUUAGGGGCUAAAGUUGUAUAUUUUUUAUUUAAGAAAUUAAAUUAUUGUAUAAUUUGGAAGACGUUGCUUUGAAUGUAGCACAAAACUAUUUCAAAGAUUUUUAUUUGAAAAAAACUUGACGUAUUUUUGUGCCUUAAUAUUUGUUCUGACAAUAAAAUGAUUUCUGAGAUUUUGGA